CUCGGCGUCGUAUGAUGGCGGAAUGCGCGAGUUUCUGUGACAACAGUUCACAAAUAUUGUUUAUUGAACUGUGUUCAUAUAGGAAUUUGUGUACGUAGAGAAGUUCGCGCGGAAGUGGGCAAGUUGUUGAUACCGUUUCACACCAUUUAAAAGAUCUUUGGAUGUAGUUACUGUAGAAAGAGUAUUUUCUGCAAACUAACGAGCAUCACCAAACCUAGGAUGGAGGUAGAUGUCAAAGAGACAUCUGCAGCUGGAGAUACCAGUGAUGGAGCAGUUAAUGCACAUGAAGAGAGGGGAGACGAGAGUGAUGUAAAAGAUACUGUGAUGAAUAUCACAACUGAGAAUACUGCAGGUGACAACUGCAGCAUCAGUAAUAAUAGUAUAGCUGAUGGGAAUACUUUACCAGAAGCUUCAGAGAAAAUGUCGGAGCAAGACUCGGAAGUGUCGAUUCCAGUCCAUGACAAGUUAGGCAGUGCAAGUGAUGAAAAAAGUGAAGAACUAAAAGCUCCAGAGGCAGUAGAAACUGAUGCAGAAAUGACUGACGUUUCUGAAGCUGUACCAUCAUCUGGUAAUGGUGCGACUUCUGUUACUACUAUCACAGAAAUUGUACAAAAAUCAUCCCCUGUAAAGGAUGUCCCAAUGCUGGAACCAACUAUAAAAAAGGAAGAUGAGGAUGAACAGAAAGAGGAACAUUUGGAGCAACCACAACAGCAAGCAAGUUCUGUCUCGGAUCUCACUGCACAUUUGGCAGCCACUGCUGUGGAACCAAAGCAUGAGGAUCCAGGUGGGGCAGAUGCUUUGUCAACCCUUGCAAGUGCUGCUCUUGGCUGUAACCAGGCACCAACUGAUACUCCUGCUAUGAAGCAGAGAGAUGAAACAGAAAACUCAACAGCAAAUAAGAAGAAAGAAAGCUCUGAAUGGUAUGAUGUUGGUAUUAUACGAGGUACAAACUUCACUGUUAGCAAAUUUUUCAUUCCUCCAGAAGGCUAUGAAGAUGACAGGCCAGUGACAGAAUUUUUGCGUGGUUUGGAACCAGAUUUCUCCAAACACACAGAGAUGAAGCUAGAGCCAGGAACUGCAUACAAAUUUCGGAUUGCAGCUAUAAAUUCUCGCGGCCAGGGACCCUGGAGUGAGGUCUCUGCUUUCAAGACUUGCUUGCCUGGUUACCCGGGUGCGCCAUCAGCAAUAAAAAUCUCCAAGUCGUUAGAAGGUGCCCAUUUGUCAUGGGAACCGCCUCCUCGCACCUGUGGUCCCAUUCUUGAGUAUGCUGUUUAUCUUGCUGUUCGCAGUACACAGUCUGAUCCAAAAGUACAGCCAGGACAACCAAGCCAGUUAGCAUUUGUUCGUGUAUACUGUGGUGCAACAAAUCAGUGUACAGUGGGCAAUGCGUCACUUGCAGCAGCACAUAUAGAUACUACAACAAAACCUGCCAUCAUAUUCCGCAUUGCAGCAAGGAAUGACAAAGGGUAUGGACCAGCAACACAAGUUAGGUGGUUACAAGAUGCUGCAGCACAAAUGAAAGUUGGAGCCAUGAAGAGAGGACAAACGAGAUCACAUGUUGGACUGAAAAGAACAAGGGAUGAAAUGUCGUAAAAGAGGAUCAGAAAAAUAAAUACUGUUUUAAUCUAAAUGCUUGGAAGAGGAGUAUGUGCUUCAUUAUUCAAAGACAAUAUAUUGCUGUCCUUAAUCAGGAUUUGUGAAGGUAUCCCCUGUGGACAUGAAGAGAUCUGUUUCAAAAUGCUGUUUUAUAUGUGUGUGUACAUAAAAGUGACAUAACUGUAAACUACUGCUGUUUUAUGUCAUUUAAGACAGUAGUUCAGUUUAAUACAUUGGAUAUUAGAUGUGACAUGACUGUGAAUCAACAAUGAACUUUUUUAAAAAAAUAAAUAAGGAAGACUCUUGUAUUGUCUUAAA